CAGUUCGGGGCCCAGAAAGCAAAAGUUGUUUUUCUACGUCGUCUGCAUAAAACUCGUAUGCGUGUGAAAAAGAUUCUUUUCUCGUUAAAAGGUGAUAUAAAACGCGUUUAAAGUUAGCCUAAAUGAUGCAUAGUUUCAGUGAGUCAGGUGCCGGAGUUCCAGCGUUUCUGGCCAAGCUGUGGCGGCUGGUAGAAGAUCCGGAAACGAACGAUUUGAUAUCUUGGAGCUCGGAUGGAAGGAGUUUCAUUAUUCAAAAUCAAGCUCAAUUCGCCAAAGAGUUGUUGCCACUAAACUACAAACACAACAAUAUGGCCAGUUUCAUACGUCAGCUGAAUAUGUAUGGCUUCCACAAAAUAACUUCUAUUGAUAACGGCGGGUUGCGAUUUGACAAAGAUGAGAUGGAGUUCACUCAUCCCUGCUUCCAGAAAGACCAUCCCUAUCUGUUGGAGCAUAUUAAACGUAAAAUCGCUACCGCCAAGCAGCAGCAACAGGACGACAAAGGCUCCCUAAAGCUGGAGGUUGUCAAUAGGGUGCUGACCGAGGUGAAAAAUAUGCGCGGCCGGCAGGAGUCGCUUGAUUCGCGAUUUUCCACCAUGAAACAGGAGAACGAAGCCCUGUGGAGGGAAAUCGCAAUUCUCAGACAGAAGCAUUUGAAGCAGCAACAGAUUGUGAACAAGCUUAUUCAAUUUUUAGUCACCAUAGUUCAACCGUCGCGAGGUGGUUUAAGUUCAAUGGGAAACGCUAGCAAUAAGCGCCGUUUCCAGUUGAUGAUUAACGAGGCACCUGCUAAUAAGACGAAAAAAUCCAACGAAGGUGCAACCAUUGAAGAGCUGGGUGAGGUGCUGGAGGGAGCUGCUUUUGAUGAGGAUCAUGACUUAUUGUCAAUCUGUAAAGAUACUAAUAAUGAUUCUGUUAAAGCAACACAAUCGAAGAGCUAUACAAGAGAUUCUACAUUACCGGAGGUAACCUCUCCGCAGUCUAUAAAUCACCAAUCGCCGUACCAUCCAGAAAAUGUGAAUGAAAUUAUUGAAGAAGUUGUGAGUUCUUCGCCAAAUUUCAGAUCUAGUCAGAGACGAAAUGUACCGAUUAGACCAAAUAAUAGCACUAACCGUACUGCUGGCAUUCCCAAAAACAUAAAUCAACUCCUUGAUGACAACAAACAAAACAUGGACGACGGCGGUGCCGAUUUUGAGAACGAAGAUUACCUCGUUGAUCACGUCGAGGAAGGGGAAUCGGAUCCUAAUCAGUUCUAUAAUGAUAUGGAGAUGUUACAUACCCCGAUGGUUAUCAAAGAGAUGGAAAAACAAGAACAACUUAAACGACAACCAACUCAGAAGGUUGUUUUCAAAGGAGAAAGUUUGCUCAAGGGCAAGCAAAACGGGGCUUCUGCCCAAAAUCAGAAGUCCGGUGCUACUAAUGGUGAUAAGAAGCAUGAAUAUCAAAAUAACGAUAAGAAAUCGAUAUUGACCUCGAAGCAAAUCACAAUUGUCGACGAUGCUGACAUGGAUGCCGGUCCGUCUGGAUCAAAUAAUUUUACUGCUAACGCCGAUGUUGCGGGAAGAUCCUCGGUUGGAUUUGACGUGGAGGAUUUCAUCGUUAAUGAAGUGCCGAAUGAUAUUUUUGAGGACAAUGGCCAGACAGCAAAGGAAUCGCCGAUGUUGGGUGGCUUCAAUUUCGAACCAGGUUUCUACAACCCCAAUGUCAAUAUAAAUGAAAUUAAAACAAAACAAACGGGUGGUCAAAGUCAAACGUUUAAUAACCAAACAGGAUCGUCAAAUGCUGCCUCCCAUGGAAAUGUUGGUGUUGAAAAUGAGGCUGAAUCAAGCAAUACAGGUUCCGGUACUCUAGCUAGGUUCAUCAGUAAUGAUAUCGAUUUGAAUAAGUUCACUUCGGUGAUCGAUUAUGGUCAACAUAUUGACAGUGUGCAAACUGAUUUGGAUUCUUUGAAAGAGCUUUUGAAGGGAGAAGGUUAUCAGCUUGAUGCUAAUGCCUUGCUUGGGCAGCCAAUUGGAACAGCACCACCGAUUGGCAGAUUCUAUUUCGCGCAGCCCUCAUUCGAUGCCGAUGCUUUGAGCAAGCUUUUCUCUGGCAAUGAGGAUAUCAUGGGCUACGAAUUCCCAAUGAACUUACCGGAAAUGAGUAACGAAGAAAAGAAAAACGCCAACGACGGCACGGUCGCCACCUUUUCGACCGACAACAGCAGCGGCUCUUCAGGUCACACACCGGGCACACCGUAUCAUUUCAUGGCCUAUAGAAAUGCUGCUGGAGGACAGCCCGCUGCUACUGAUUACAUCGAUCUUAAUGCACUUCUCAGUCUCGAAGAAAACAACAACACGUCUCUAUUUUAAUAACCUUGUCCGAUUCAAACCUUUUCACAAUAGUUUGUUCGUAGAGCUUAACGUAUAUUAUUCUUAUUUUUUUUCUUCAAUUUCUUCUGAUACCGUUGAUAGGAGCUACAAAUUUAAGUUUGAUAGGGUGUGUGGAAAUAUAAUUACCAGUAAAAAUGCAACCAAGUGAUUUAAGUAGAUAUUAUCACAGCUAACUUUUGUUGUUUGUCGAGAUGUUUAUACUAUUAGGACAAAUUUGUUACUUUCAUAAAAAUGCAGAUGACAGGAAUAUUUUGAUACAUACCAAGUUUCAAUAUAGAAUACAAAGAGGAAUGUACAAAGUCCUCUAAAAAAAACUAUGAACAAUAAAAUAUAUUUGACCGCAA